AAAUGCUACCUUCAGCUCUACUGAUACGGACAACAUUAUAAACUCCAAACCGGCAAAACCAUUAUCAGUUUCAUGGAACCGUGUCGUCCCCAUCAAACUGAAAGCCACACAAAGGAAUGAGGAAAUUGCGUUGCAAAUACAAUUGCAUUCGCGUCCUUAUAAACUGAAAGUUUCAUGUCGUCGUGUGGUAAAUAUCGUACAGGACAUGGGUAUGUCAAUGGAGAUUCACGUGUUGCUGUUAGUUCUCCUGCUUGCUGUGAAAGCUCUCUCUCAAGGAAAGACGACGUUGCUGAGGAUAGACUGUGGAGCGGAAUCAAGCUAUGACACAUUUGAUGAUGGAAGCCACUGGGAGGCCGAUGAGAACUACAUCGCAUCGGGCACAAACGAGAACGUCUCGACCAACAGCCUCACCAGAUUAACCCAACUCAACACCCUCCGAGUCUUCAAGAAAGGAAGCCGCAACUGCUACACUUUACCAACGCCAACGGCAACGAGGUACUUCAUCAAGGCCUCCUUCUUUUAUGGUAACUACGACGGGCGCUCCAAGGGGCCAACUUUCGACCUUCAGUUCAAUGGAAACAAGUGGGCAACAAUCGAGACCUCCUCCACAACAAUCCAGUACCAGGAGGUGAUCCACACGAGCCAAGGGUCGAACAACGUAAGCAUCUGUCUGGUCCGGACUGAGGACAAGCAGUUCCCGUUCAUCUCGACUCUUGAGAUUUGGCCUCUGGCUGAGAAUAUGUACUAUGGUAUGAAGAGGGAUCUAGCGUGGAUCAAGAGUUACCGAUACAACUAUGGAGCAGAACAAACCAAGUGGAUAAUAGGGUACCCUGAUGACCCUUAUAAUCGGGUGUGGGAACCAUAUAUUCCAUCAGGCUUGACUCAAGUGACCUCUACUGCAUUUUCGAUCGAGUACACCAGUGUAAAUUUUCCGCCGGAUGAUGCAAUAACUGUCGCAGUUGAAGCGCAGGACCUCUCAGACCCUAUCGAUCUACAGUUCACAUUCGCCACAACCAAUAACCUCACCUACAUCGUCUUCUACUUCACCGAGGUAAGCUUCCUGGGUGAAAACGAUACAAGAUACAUCGAUAUCUACAUCAAUAACAAUUUCUUGAUGACUCUGGUCCCGGAGUACGGGAACUGCUCAUGGGCAUGGGCCACCGCGCAGUCGAUCGACUCUUUAAUGAUUCAGUUGAAAGCAAAUGAAAACUCCACGCUCCCUCCUGUGAUAAGUGCCAUCGAAGUGUACACAGCCAGUGGGGAUGGAAACCCGAGCUUGCCCAAUCCAAAGAGGAAGAAGAACCUGGCUCUGAUUAUCGGCUUAUCGGUUGGCUUACCUGUAGGUCUCUUGCUUAUACUUGUCUCUAUUUAUUUCAUAAUAUGGAGGAAGCCGAAUCCAGUCCAAGGGCAGGUCACGAUAGCUACUGUAAGUCGGCCUAAAAAUGGUCAUGAUCAAGCUCAAGCUCAAGCUCAAGCGAAGCCUCAAGACGAGAGCAUGUCAAUGAGCACGACAAUUGCUAGCACACAGGGGCUACUUCGGCCAUCACAGAACAAUAUCGUCAACGAUCAUCAUCGUCAACCAAUCGACACUCAAGAGAACGUUGGAUCAUCCUAUGUCACCUUAGCCACAAGCCGCCCACCCCAGCCAAACAAUCAGUCCCUGACAGUGGCAACAGGAAGCUCUAGCACAGUGAAUGGAAAUCCCGGGAAUCAAGAUCUGGCAUUGCAGGCACCGGAUUUCAACCAAGAGGAGCUCAAUAAGCUGCUCGAGUUGCAUAGCAACAGAAACAGAACAUCAUAGUAGUUUCCUGCUGCAGUGUAACGCAUUUUAACCUCACGAGGAAUAAACAUUAUCUUUCUACAUACAAUUAUUCAAUUCAGAUCCUCAUGUCAAUAUUUUCUGGCA